AUGGUGGAACCUGCUGGGAAUAUUUCGAGUGUCUUGAGUGUUGUUCUCCAAGUUGGCAAGUGGUUGGCUGCUCCGAUUGGGCGUCAAUUUAUGCACUUGUACAACUACAAUACCAAUUUCAAAAAUCUUGAAACAGAAGUUGAUAAGCUGAAGAAUACAAGAGACGAAGUGCAGGUGAAGGUCGAUGCUGCUGAAAUAAACAGGGAAGAGAUCAAACAGACCGUUAAGGACUGGCAGACUAAGGUGAACAAUACCAUUACUGCAGCAGAGAGGUUGAUUCAAGAGAAAGAAGAAAACCGUCGAUGUUUCAAGGGAUUGCACCCCAACUGCAUCAACCGCUACAAGCAUAGCAAGAAGGCAUUCAAAUUAAAGCGGGAUGAUAUUGGUCCACUCCUGCAGCAAGAAGAAAGAUUCGAUGAAGUUUCCUAUUCAAGUAUUCAACAAUCCAACUACGAGAAGAACUUUGUCAAGCUCCGAGAUGAUGUUUUGAAGCUGAAGAAUGCUAGACGCAAAGUGCAGCGUAAGGUUGAGGAGGCUGAAAUCAAUGGGGAAGAGAUUGAAGAGGAUGUGAAGAAGUGGCUAGAGGAUGUUGACUCUAUCAUUGUUAAAGCACAGGAGUUGAUUGAAAACCAAAGUUUAAUUGGCACUGACUGGAGGACGCGCUACCAAAAUAGCAAGGCAGCAUCCGAAUUGGUGGUGGAAGAUAUUGGUCCACUCCUGCAGCAAGAAGAAAGAUUCUUUAAAGUUUCCUAUUCAACUAUUCAACAAUCCGACUACAAGAAGAACUUUGUCAAGCUCGGAGAUGAUGUUUUGAAGCUGAAGAAUGCAAGACGCAGAGUGCAGCGUGAGGUUGAGGAGGCUAAAAACAAUGUGGAAGAGAUUGAAGAGGAUGUGAAGAAGUGGCUAGAGGAUGUUGACUCUAUCAUUGUUAAAGCAGAAGAGUUGAUUGAAAACCAAAGUUCAAUUGGCACUGACUGCAAGACUCGCUGCCAAAAUAGCAAGGCAGCAUCCGAAUUAAUGGUGGAUAAUAUUGGUCCACUCCUGCAGCAAGAAGAAAGAUUCGAUAAAGUUUCCCAUCCUACUAUUCACAAGGAGAUAUGGCUUAGGUCUAAUGAAGAUUAUUUGGCAUUCGAAUCAAGAAACUCCACUUUGAAUAAUGUAUGGGAUGCUUUACAAGAUGAGAAAAUCUACAUGAUGGGUGUUUAUGGGAUGGGUGGUCUUGGCAAGACCACUCUUGCGCAGGAAAUAGGUAGGAAAGCCGAGAAGGAUAAGCUCUUUGAUCAGAUUGUUUUUGUUGAGAUAACAGAAACUCUGGAUAUCAGAAAGAUUCAAACAACAAUUGCAAACAAGUUAGGUCUCAAAUUCGAAGAUGAGAGGGAAGGUGAGAGUGACAGAGCAAAUAAGUUGUAUUCAAGAAUGGAGAAAAAUAAUAUCCUUUUAAUUGUAGAUAAUAUUUGGGAAGAGUUAGAUUUGAAGAUGGUUGGAAUUCCUUUCGAAGCUGAUCGCGGAAGAAAUAAAAUAUUGAUGACAACAAGAAACGUAGAUGUAUUGGAGAAGAUGGGUUCCACAAAUAAUCUCGGGAUGGGUAUUUUAAAUGAAGAAGAAGCUUGGAGGCUAUUCAAGAAUAUGGCAGGUGGUUUAAUUCAAACACGUGGACUGAAUUCUUUGCCACAAGAUGUAUGCAAGGAAUGUGGUGGUUUGCCUAUUGUCAUUUGUACUAUAGCAAAAGCAUUAAGGAACAAGAGUUGUCCAUUUGAUUGGGAAGAUGCUUUGGAAGAAUUGAGGGCACCUUCACCAACAAAGUUCAAGGGAUUAUUGGAAAAAGAAUACCAGAAGAUUGCCUUGAGUUACAAAUAUUUAAGAGAUGACGAAUUGAGGAAAACAUUUUUGAUUUCUAGUCUAAUGGAAAAUGAUACAUCCAUUUCAGACUUGUUCAAACAUGUCGUGAAUUUGGAUGUACUUGAACGAAAUAACCUCACUAUGGAAAGAGCUCGAAAUAGACUAGAUAAAGUAGUCCGUGAACUCAAAGACUCUUGUUUGUUACUUGAAGGUUCAAGCAGCAAACAAUUCUCUAUGCAUGAUGCUAUCCGUGCUGUUGCUGUCACAAUUGCAUACACAGACCACCAUGUAUUUACAGGGAGAAAUGACAUUGAAAGGGAAUGGAAGAAUAAAGAUAAACUCAAGAAAUGCACGAAAAUCUCCUUAUCUGGUAGUAGUAUCGUUAUUAGUGAAGUUUGGCCUAAAGAUCUAGAUUGUCCAGAUCUUGAAUAUUUCUAUAUGACCAAUAUGUGGGAUUCUUCUUACCAAAUCCCUGAGGAAUUUUUCACGGUGAUGCCAAAGCUCAAGGUUCUAAAUUUAUUUGGAAUGCGGCAAUCAUCAUUGCCGUCAUCACUUGAUCUUCUGACAGACCUUCAAACAUUGUGUUUAGAUGAUAGCAAUAUCGUAGAUUUUUCUACUAUCGGAAAUCUAAAGAAACUAAAGGUCCUUAGCUUGCGAUAUUCUAAUAUUAAGGAGUUGCCUAUAGAAUUUGGUCAAUUGACUCAGCUAAGGUUGUUGGAUUUAAGCAACUGUAGGCAAUUAGGAGUUAUUGCGUCAAAUGUGAUAUCAAAACUAUUCCAACUAGAAGAAUUAUAUAUGAAGGGAUGUUGUUUUCAGUGGAAGGUUGAAGUACUCAAGGAGUUAGAGCACUUGACUCAAUUGACCACUUUAACAUUAAAUGUUACAAAUGACAUAGUUUUGCCUCAAGGUUUCUUUUCCAAAGAGCUUAGAAGGUAUGAAAUAUCAAUAGGAAAUCAAUGGUGGAACCCUCACGGUUGGCACAAUUAUGAAUUUUCAAGAAUGUUGGAAUUUAAAUAUUAUUCUACCAUUUCUUUAGAAGAACUACGAAUUUUCAAGAAUGUUGAACUCUUACGGUUGGUCAAAUUUUCAAAUGAUGAUAACGAUCUCACGCCACUUUUUAACGAAAAGGUUAUUUUCACCAAUUUGAUGGCCUUGGAAUUGGAAUAUAUUGGUUCUGGACAGAUUUGGGACAACCAAUUUCCAACACUUAUGUCUUCGUCUUAUCAGAAUUUGACACGCUUGACCUUGAUAGGAUGUAGAAAAAUAAAAUAUGCGUUUCCAUUUUGCAUAGCCAAAAGCCUCCAAACUCUACAACACCUUGAGAUAAAAUAUUGUGAGGUUUUAGAGGUGAUUGUUGCGAAAGAAGAAGGAGCAGAAGAUAUUGUUAAUUUUGCUUUUCCACAAGUAAUCUUUUUGGCGCUUGAAAAUUUACCAAAACUUACAACUGUCUAUCAUGGAGUAGAUACUUGGGAAUUGCCGAUGUUAAAAAGGUUAGUGGUGAAGGGAUGUGAAAAAUUCACUUCAAAAUAUCUAACCUUCCAUGAAAAUUCACUCCAUAUUUCAGAGCCAAAAUCCUUUGGGUUGGACAAUAAGGUUAUAAGUGAUACAUUUUAA